UCGGAAGAUAAGGUCGGUAGCUUAAUCCCUGAACGGAGAUAAACCCGUUGCUGCCCUGCGAACAGAAACCACGACCCUGAGAAUAGGAAAGGCGGUCGGCUUGAUAUAAGCUCCGAUUGCUGUUUAUGUUUCCGGCUUCUUCGAUUCUGAAAGCCUUUAUAAACUCGCCUCCUAUUUGCGGGGUUAUCUUGUAGGCAUCCAGUAGUUCCAUCCACAACUUCUCCUUGAAUCACAGCUUCAAACUCACCCCAAUUUCACACCACACCAUUGCCGCCACCAUGGCUUCGAACGUCGUCUUCGGCUGCACAGGCUUGGUUGGGUCGAACAUUGUCAGCACACUACUCGCCCACAGCCCCGUCACUACCGUAACGAUCUCGCGUCGGCCACCCAAAUCCUCCGGCCCCAACCUGAACGCCAUUGUCGAAGCCGACACGACCCAGUGGGUCUCCAAGCUCAAGGCGCUCAGCCCGACCCCGACCACCGUCUUCUCCGGGCUCGGCACAACCCGCGCUCAGGCAGGCGGCAUCGCCAACCAGUGGAAGAUCGACCACGACCUGAACGUCGAGGUGGCGCGGGCCGCGAAGGAGGCCGGCGUACGCCACUUCGUGUUCAUUUCCAGUGCGGGCACGAGUAGUCUGUUCGCCAAUGCGGUGCCGUACAGCAGGAUGAAGCAGGGCGUGGAGAACACGAUCAAGGGGCUGGAGUUUGAGACGGCGGUUAUUGUCCGGCCGGGGUUCAUCUUUGGCGAGCGCGAGGUGAAGCAGCAAGGUGCAGCUCCCAUUGGAGCCGCGAUCAAGGGGUUAGGGAAGGUCUUUGGCCAGUGGGCGCAGGAUAAGUUGGGCCAAGAGGCCGAGGUGAUCGCGCGGGCCGCGGUGCACGCUGCAAGGAUUGCCGAGGAGGGAAAGGCGCCCGCCAAGUUCUGGGUGCUGGAGCAGAGUGAUAUCGUGAGGUUGGGCCGGAAUGAGUGGAAGGACUAAGCAGGAGGGACGCUGAAGUGAGAGAUAGGGUUGCGCGAGCAAACCAUUCGUGGAAGAGGUGAUGAGGGCCGUCCAAAUUGAAUGUUGCGGGUGUAAUUGGGAGGCCUCGGGACUUUGCUUGACAUAAGUCAGCUCUAAAUCAAAGCUCCAGAUGCGCUUGUUCAGCGGACUGGAUUAUAGCAGUUGUAUGAUACUCUGGUGCCCGAUGGAUGGGUUGUUUAUAUAUUACAUACUAUUCCGUAUAGUAUUCCCAGUACGGAAUACUGGUAGUACACUACCAGGUACGAUCUGUUUACGCUAUAUAUACUCCCAGGUUAUUACCGCG